GAGGAUUCAAGCUUUUUUUCUUCUGCAAGCAACAGCUGCACGUUUAUUCGAAUAAAAAUUUACUUAAUGCUUACUGUAGGUCUUUCAACCUGAAUAUAUGCAGUGUUAUGUUUCUAACACCACACAUCAGAUGUGUUGAAACUCUUGGAUACUCUAACGACGACGUAGCUCAAUCAUAUAUGAAAUAUAUUAUUGAGCGAAUAGCUUUAAUAUUACCGCGUCGUGGAUGGCAUAUCGGAAUUUUGAAGGAAUUCUACCCAUCUAAGUCCUCACUUCUUGGGCUUAAUAUACAACAAGGAGUCGAAAUAUGCAUCCGCCUUAGGGUUCCAGGCAAUAAACAAACCUUUUUACCUUUUCAUGAAGUAGUUUGUACUGCUCUACAUGAACUUGCACAUUGUCAGGAAAAAAAACAUAAUAUGUUGUUCUGGAACUUGUAUUAUGAACUACUCCGUGAGUGUGAGGUCAUUGAAGCAAAAAUGCUCAUGCAAGGUAGGGUGCUAUACCCUGAACAUAUUCUGUCUUCUGUUGAGAACACCAUUACAAAACGUGUUGGUAAUAAGUUUCAAAAAAGGGGGAAAAAGGGAUCUGAAAAAGGUAAACUUGAAUCAACGCAGCAUUCAACUACAACGCCUAAUUUCAGUUUGCUUUUAGAUAAUUCAAGCAAAACCGAAGGAUUUUUUGGAGUUGGGCAUCGUUUGGGCGGUCUACAACUCCCUAAUGGAAGCAAGCCCAAUUCUGAUUUUCUUGCUACUAUUAUUGAAAAUCGCCUGCAGGGACAAGAUACGCAUUUUAUUCGUCCUGAAAAUGCUGAGGUAAGGUUUGACUUGGGAUCGCCACCAGAAACUAAACCAAUUGAUAUAUACACCAGUUGGAGCUCACAAUAUAUGCUCUGCGGAUCUUGGAGCCAGGACAACAUAGAAAAUUCCGAGGCUUGCGCUGAUGAUAGAAUAAUUAGCGUUGACAAAUACGAGGAUCCACUCGAUAUUCAUGAAGGACAAGAAAUGCAUAUAUUAAAACAUCGCAAAUUAGAGCAAGUAGAAGAUCAUACUGCUUAUCUUGCCAAAAGGGUUCCUGAUGAUGAUGUAGGUUUAAGAGCAUCAUGUCCAAUUACGAUUGAUUGAUUUUGUAUAAACCGUACAUUUAGUAUCACCUAUUUAAGGUUUAAUUAUAAUUGCCGGAUUAUGGAGAACGCAGAGCGUAGAGUGUCAAAAAUUGAAUUUGGUCUAAUAUCUUUUGAGAUAGUUUUUUGGAUAAAUGCCUGUCUCUUUCGAACUCCAAUCAAGGCUAUAUACUCGCGCCGAUCAAGGGAAGCUUUAUUAUUCUAGCCAGAGCAGAACACUCAUACACACACACAGACACACAUGCAAAGAUAAGCAAAUUACUCCAAAAAUGACCUUAUUGUAAAAAUUCAUCAACAUUAAAGUAUGCAGCAUCCGCUGCUUAUUGAAGGGGUGGUAUGAUGAAUUGUAGGUUUGUAUCGAGAGAUUGGUUUCUUUAGAUUUACUUCUUCUGUACAAUUAUAUAUGGACGGAGGAAUCAAGUCGAAUUUCUAUUUGUCUUGAUAGGAUCUGUCAAUAAUCGCUUUCUAUAUGUUGUAAAUUGAGACUUACCAAAAAUAUAAAAGGAGAGAAACGUUAGAUUAGCUUAUAUAAAA